AUGUCGGGAACCACAAUCGACGACGUCGUAAGACGGCUUAGCUCCGCAGACACAGAAAUCAGACUGAAGCUCGAAGCGGCGACGACUUUGCGCGACAGCCUGGACCAUUAUACCAGCGGGCCCAUCUAUCCACCAUUCCUCAAGCGGCUCAUGCCCAUCUUCAUCAACAUCUUGCGUGGACCAUGCAUCUUUCAAAGCAACUCCCCGGAGCAGGCAAGUCCCAUACCCGAACCUGGAGCCCUCACUCACGAUCAGUUGUGGCUAACAUUCGUCCGUCAGAAACUCCGCCACUGCAUUCUAGAGGUCCUCCACCGGCUACCCACCGCCCCUGCCCCCGUCGAGCCCUUCGAACCUUUCGCCGAAGAGAUCUGCGACUUGCUCAUGCAGCUCGUGCGGACGGACAACGAGGACAAUGCGACAUUGUGCGUCAAAGUCACGUCAGACAUCAUGAGACACCAGCACAAGGUCCUUCAGGGCAAGGUCCAGCAGUUCCUCUCACUGAUUCAGGAGCUGUUCGAGCAGAUGGAAAAGGUCGUGCGAGAGCAGCUCGACAAUGCGCCGCCGGCCGCCGGCUCUCAGUCCGGGGCUCCGUCGACACCCGGCAGCACCCAGACUAACUUCCAGUCGCCGCGGCCAGGCUCGCCUGUGGCGUCUGUCACAGAGUUGGGGGCCGAUCCCCAACAGCAGAACCGGCCUCUUCUGAAGGGCAUGCAGUCCUUCAAGGUGCUGUCUGAAUGCCCAAUCAUCGUUGUCUCGAUCUUCCAGAUUUAUCGAAACACGGUGUCGCAAAACGUCAAGGCUUUUGUGCCCUUGAUCAAGAACGUUCUGCUCCUCCAGGCGAGUGCUCAGAAGCAAGCACAUGCCGAUGCUGCGGCGAAAGGUCAGAUCCAUACCGGCGUCAGUCCCGCGGUCAAGAACAGGGCGGCGUUUGGCGAGUUCAUCACAGCCCAAGUCAAGACGAUGAGCUUCUUGGCGUAUCUUUUGCGCCAAUACUCGUCGCAACUGAACGAUUUCCUGCCUACGCUGCCAGAUGUCGUCGUCAGACUGCUCAAGGACUGCCCCCGCGAGAAGUCUGACGAGCGGACCCUUACCGGCGACGGGCUGACGGUAUACGAGACUAUGCGUCCUCUGGCGUACAGCAUGUUGGCGGACCUCAUUCACCACGUACGGGAUUCUUUGAGCCCAGAGCAGAUUCGCAAGACAGUCGAGGUCUACACGCGGAACCUGCAGGACAACUUUCCUGGUACUAGCUUCCAGACCAUGAGCGCCAAGCUGCUCUUGAACAUGGCAGAGUGCAUUGCCAAGCUCCCCAACAAGGUUGAUGCUCGGCAUUAUCUCAUCAUGAUCCUGAACGCCAUCGGUGACAAGUUUGCCGCGAUGAAUCGUCAAUACCCAAAUGCGGUCAAGCUGUCCAAGCAGUACCAUCAACAGGCCGACACGGGCACGACAGAAUCGUACCUUGCGGACAAGGAGAAUCGGCCGGAUUGGGACGAGACCGACAUAUUCUCCGCUGUUCCCAUCAAGAUCUCCAACCCCCGCGACCGAGGCGCCGAUCCUGUCGUUGACAACAAGUUCCUCUUCCGGAAUCUCAUGAACGGUCUUAAAAACACGUUCUACCAGCUGAGGACUUGCAACAUCGGCACGCCGAUAGACCCGCAGAACGCACCAUCGCACUGGCAGGAUGUCUCCUAUGGCUUCACAGCCGAGGAGGUCAACGUCAUCAUCAAGCUGUUUCGAGAAGGAGCCUACGUCUUCCGAUACUACGAGAUAGAGAAACCUGCCACCGAGUCUCAGUACAUGUCUCCGGUGGAGUACAUGGCAAACUUCUACAUGGUCUCCAGCAGUAAGGAGGAAAAAGACCUGCUUGAGACGUUCGCCACGGUCUUUCACUGUAUCGACCCUGCAACGUUCCACGAAGUGUUUCAGCAGGAGAUUCCACGACUUUACGACAUGAUCUUCGAGCACACGGCGCUGUUACAUAUACCCCAGUUUUUCCUUGCGAGCGAGGCGACCUCGCCUAGCUUUUGCGGCAUGCUCUUGCAGUUUCUCAUGGAGCGCAUCGAUCAAGUCGGAUCCGCCGAUGUCAAGAAAUCCUCAAUAUUGUUGCGGUUGUUCAAGCUGGCAUUUAUGGCUGUCACGCUGUUCUCCGGACAAAACGAGCAGGUUCUCCUCCCUCACGUGGUCAGCAUCGUGACCAAGUCCAUCGAGUUGUCGACGAAGGCCGAGGAGCCCAUCAACUACUUUCUCCUGCUGCGCAGUCUGUUCAGGAGCAUAGGCGGCGGCAAGUUCGAGCAGCUCUACAAGCAGAUUCUGCCGUUACUUGAGAUGUUGCUCGGCGUCCUCAACAACUUGCUCAUGGCCGCGAGGAAACCUUCCGAACGAGACCUGUACGUGGAGCUGUGUCUGACGGUGCCCGCGCGGCUUAGCCAUCUGCUCCCUCACCUGAGCUUCCUUAUGCGACCUCUAGUGGUCGCUUUGCGAGCUGGCACAGAGCUUGUCGGCCAGGGGCUCCGCACCCUGGAACUGUGCGUGGACAAUCUCACCGCGGACUACCUAGAUCCCAUCAUGGCGCCUGUCAUCGAUGAGCUCAUGACCGCUCUUUUCAAUCAUCUCAAGCCGCAUCCUUACAGUCACUUCCACGCUCACACCACCAUGAGGAUCCUUGGCAAACUGGGCGGGCGCAACCGCAAGUUCAUGACUGGCGCUGUGCCACUGGCAUAUAAGGCAUACGCGGACGAUCCGUCAAGCUUUGAUGUGCGUCUCAUCGGCUCUAAGAAAGACCGCGCGUUCCGUGCCGACCUGGGCAUCGACUUUGCCAUUUCGAAACUCAUGGAGGUCCCCAAAGUCGGCAAGACCAAUCAGAACCGCCACAACGACGAGUACUACAAGAAGCAGGCUCUGCACUUGAUCAAGGCGCAGCUCAAGCUCCGAAUUGGGUACGAUCAGCUGCCCGAUGAUCUGCCCAGAAUCGUCCGCCUCGAGGCCCAAGAUUUCUUGGCUCGGAAGCUGGACAUCAACUUUGCACCUUUCGAAGUGUCAAACCGUGACAAGUCAAUCGCGAAGAAGGAUGAGCAAGACGACAUCACCAAGAAACUUUUGAAGGCUGUCAUGUUCGCCGAGUCGAUCCCAGAGUUCAAGGAUGAUGCAGAUGGCUUCCUUCUCGAUGUCUGUCGGCACUUUGCCCUGAUUGAGGUUGGACGGGCACUCGUUGACCUGAAGCGGACGUACACGCCGUUCGACCCCAAAGCUGGCGAAGGCCCGCUGAAUAUCGACACGCGGGUCUUGUCCGAGGCCAUCGUUGAAUCCCUCGCCUCUGACCAUCCUGACGUACGGGAAGCUGCCAAGGGCGCGAUCCGUGAGCUCUACAAGAGCACCGCCAUCAUAAUUGGUGCCGAGAACAAUGUUGGGCGACUUCCUCUAUUCAGCCACCUUUGCAGCACCUUCUGCCACAGCUGCUACGAAGAGGAGUGGUUCACCAAGACUGGCGGCAGCCUCGGCAUCAACUUCUUGCUCACGGAGCUGGACUUUGGGGAUGCAUGGGUGGCCUCGAAGCAGACUGAGUUCAUCCGUGCCCUCAUGUAUGUCAUCAAAGACAUGCCUCAGGAUCUGCCCGAAAAGACUAGGUGCUUGGCGCAGACCAGUCUUGAGGUCCUCUUAACACGCAUAACCAAGAACAUCAAGAAGGAAGACGCCUUGCCAGUGCCGCAGCCGGCCGGACAGCCCCCCGUCAAACAGCCGCGCCUCGCGCAGAUUUGCAUGCAGUUAAACAAUGAGCUCUCUCACAUGAACAAGCAUGUUCGUGAGACUGCCAAGCAAUCUUUGGAGCUCAUUGCCAAAGCGGCCGACUGCCAGGUGUGGGAGAUUGUCGAGCCGUACAAGGAGCGCUUCUUGCAACCCAUCUACGCCAAGCCAUUGAGAGCUCUGCCCUUCAGUACCCAGAUCGGAUACAUCAACGCCAUGACGUACCACAUGAGUCUGAAGGACAACUGGGUCAAGUUUGACGACAAUUUGAACCGGCUUCUUAUGGAGUCGUUGGCUCUUGCCGAUGCGAACGACGAGUCGUUGGCAAACAAGCCUGCCGAGUUCCGGACGCACGAGCACAUUGUCAACCUGCGCGUGUCCUGUAUCCGGCUGCUGAGCACUGCGAUGAACAUUGAAGAGUUUUCAAACAGCCCUACUAAGGGGAAGAUCCUGUCGGUCUUCUUCAAGUGUCUCUAUUCGGAGUCGAAGCCAACCAUCGAUGCUGCCAACGAUGCGCUGAAGUCUGUCCUGGCUGUUGACCGCCGCCUGCCUAAGGACUUGCUGCAAGGCGGGCUUAGGCCAGUCCUGCAGAGCCUUUCAGAUCCUAAGAGGCUCAGUGUGCACGGGUUGGACAAUCUCUCCAGACUUCUCAAAUUGCUCACAAGCUACUUCAAGGUCGAGAUUGGGGCUCGGUUGCUCGAUCAGAUCGACUCCAUUGUGGAGCCGAACGCCUGGCAACAGAUUUCGUUCACCUUCUUUGAACAGCACCCUCAGAUGAAGGUCAUCACGGCUAUCCUCAACAUCUUUCAUCUGCUGCCGCCGCCGGCCGAAGCAUUCAAGGAGCGUCUUAUUGACUGCUUUCUGGGCCUUGAAGAGCGGCUGCGGCGGACCAUUCAAAGUCCGUUCCGUGCGCCCAUGUACAUGUAUCUCAACAGGUACCCCAAGGAGGUCUGGGGCUAUCUCCUUGGGAAACUGGACGAUCUCAAGUACGGGCGGCUCUUGGCUCAAGUCCUCUGCCAUCCCGACAGCACAGCACUCAGAGACGUGGCCACCGAGAACAUGGAGGGAUUGAUCAACAAAUGCAAUGAGGUCAUGGCCCAAAACAACGAGAAGAAGUUUGUGGCUGUUGUCAACACGAUCCACGUGCUUGACUCUUUGAGUCGCUGGCCCGCCAACAGCGGCUGGAUGGACAAGAAAGAACACAUCGCUUGGCUCAAGACGACCGGCAAGGAGCUCGAAAACCACCUGCGGAGCUACACUCUACCGGCUACUCUUCGUUUGCCAGCUUAUCAAGCUGCGGAGCAGCUUAUGAACGUUUUGGUCAAGUCACUGAAGCGCAACCCGAAGGAUCUGGACUCGUUGCUCAACCUGAUUGAGUCUGUGACGAGCGAUGAGCUUCGCUCCACCCAGUCCCUGUUCUCGUUCAUUUACGAGAACAUCAUCACCAGCGACUCCGUUGAGUUCUGGAAGACGACAUUUCUGAGGUGCCUGGAAACGUAUUCCGGAAAAGUGGCGUCCAACAAGACAAAGUACUUCCUGCUUCACUACAUCGUGAAUCCAAUCGUCGCAAUGGACGUCAUGCGACACUGGAACCAUCCCGAGCCAAACAGGGCGCAACGCCUGAUGGACCGGUCUGUCAUCGAUGCAGUCAGCACCAGGAUCUGGAAGGUUCACCCUGAAAUGGCGCCCGACGACCAGGCGCAGCCCGGUAUAGACCACACUAGGUUUGAGGUUCUCCAGCUGUCGGCCAUGCUCGUCAAGUAUUACCACACAACGCUUCAGGAUGCACGCAAGGACAUCAUUAAGUUUGGCUGGACCUUUAUCCGGCUUGAUGACGUUAUCAACAAGCAUGCAGCGUACGUGGUCAUCGGCUACUUCAUCGCGCACUACGAGACGCCGCCGAAGAUAGUCAGCCAAGUCUACCUCUCUCUGCUUAAGACCAACCAGAACGAAGGACGGGCGUUGGUGACACAAGCCUUGGAACUCAUAGCCCCGGUCCUACCCAAGCGCUGUGGCGGCACGGGCGUCAACGAGCGUAACGCGCCUUGGGCCGUCGCGCCACGCCGCAUCCUUGCGGAUGAGGGCCAGAACGUGCAACAGAUGACGAGCAUCUUCCAUUUCCUGGUUCGCCAUCCCGAGCUGUUCUACGAGGCGCGAGACAAAUACAUCAUUCUGCUCAUCACCUCGCUACGAAAGGUAGCGGCGCCCCCCAACCCGUCCCACGAAAGCAAGAAGCUCGCCCUGAACAUGAUGUGGCUUGUGUGGACGUGGGAACAAUGGCGCGUGGAGGGGAAAAGCUCGCCGACGCUGGCAAUGCGCGAUCUAUCGAUGUCGCCCACCUCGAGGAAGCGAAAGCUGGAUGCCGAUCAGCCGAUGUCCUCGCCUAGCGACAUUCGGCAGCCAGCCCAGGGCGAGCGAAAUGAGUAUCAGAUCCAGCCCGUGUUCCGACAGAAGAUGGUCAAGUACCUCGUCGAGUUCAUUGCGCAGCUGAAUGAGAGAUAUCAGCUACCGUCUGCUAAACCCCGGGACCAGAACGCCACGACGGUUCCGUUACCGCCACCGAACACAGAUCUCUGCAAGAGGGCCAUGAAACUUCUCUACAAUUUGAUGCAGCCUCAGUAUUGGGGCGAUCUCGAGCUGGAUCUGUUCCCCAAUGUCACUGACGUCAUCCUCGGCAGCGAGAAGACGCAGGCUAUCUUGACCGCCGAUCCGUCCGACAAGGAGAAGUACGACGAGAGAUUCCUCACAAACAUCAUCAACACCCUGCAGGUUGUGCGCAUCGUGUUGAACUUCAAAACCGACGAGUGGAUCCAAAAGCACGUAUCAGCGAUCCAGAAGGUCUUGGAGAAGUGUUUGAAGUGCGAAAACCCCGAGAUCCAGGAUUGUCUUCAUCUCUCAGACAAGACGUAUGAUGAUGAACGAGCUCUCAAGUCCAUCAUCAAGCGCGUUCUUGACGCCGUGCCAGAGGACACUCCGAUGGAAGACGCGGACGCCGAGGGCGAGUCGGAAGUCCAGACGUCGGAGAUCAUCACGUACCUCUCUCAGGCCGCCACGGAGGCUAUGAACAGCACCUCCUACAUCUCUGGUGUCAAUCUCCUUUGGUCAAUUGGGAACCGCAAGCCAGCUGCAAUCGACCAGCACAUCCCCGCGCUGAUGAAAGCGCUGCAGAGCAAGCACGCCCGCGAACACGUCCAGCACUAUAAUGCGGUCGCAAGUCAGGCUGCGAAUGCAAACAACCGCGGCCAAGACAGCAGUGCAACCCCGGGCGAGAUGUCUGCCUAUGACUUGGACAUUCAGACCAAACUGAUGAUCAAGGAGAUCCAGACCGUGGCGCUGAGGAUGGAGCAUCUCGGGGACAACCGAAGACCGUUCCUGAGCGUAUUGGCCACCUUGGUCGAAAAGUCGAUGCAUAUUGAGCUGUGCACAGAGAUCUUGAACAUGGUCGAGGGCUGGGUAUUCCGCUCGGAAGGAACCUGGCCCACUCUUAAGGAGAAGACGGCCGUGCUACACAAGAUGCUUUCGUUCGAGCACAGGCAGGAUCCGACCAUGCUGUCAAGGUUCCUGGAGCUGGUGAUUCGAAUCUACGAAGAUCCGAAGAUCACAAGGACUGAAUUGACCGUGCGUAUGGAGCAUGCGUUCCUCAUAGGCACCAGGGCUACCGACGUCGCCAUGCGAAACCGCUUCAUGGCCAUUUUCGACAAGAGCUUGUCGAAGACAGCCAGCGUUCGCCUUUCCUACGUUCUGACUGUGCAGAAUUGGGACACAUUGGCCGACUCCUACUGGCUUGCGCAGGCGUCCCACCUACUUCUCGGUGCCGUGGAACAGAACGCGAGUAUUCAGCUCAAUCCAGAGGACUUCCAUGUGCCCUCUGCCUCACAGCUGGCCGCCGUUUAUCCCAAGGACAAGGACUCAAGAGAGCCUAACAUGAUGUCUGACGACAAGUUCGAUGCCUUCAUGGCGGGGCACCGCAGAUUCGUUGCAGAGCUUGGCGAGGUCAAGGUUCGAGACAUCCUCGAGCCGCUGGCACAGCUCCAGCACGCAGACACACAGCUCGCCCACCAGCUCUGGGUGGCCAUUUUCCCGCUUUUCUGGUCUGCCACUGCUCGAGAUGAGAGGCCCGACCUCCAACAUGGUAUGGUGGCUCUACUCACAAAAGACUACCACAGUCGACAGAUCGACAAGCGGCCAAAUGUGGUACAGUCUUUGAUCGAGGGUACCGCGAAGAAUUGGCCGGAAUGCAAGCUGCCGCCACACGUAUUGAAGUUUGAGGCCAAGACAUACGAUGCAUGGUACACGGCCCUGGUACAACUCGAAAACGCCGCGAUCUAUUCCGAGGCCGACUCCGCCACUGUUCGGGAGAGUAACCUAGACGCACUCGUCGAUCUCUAUGCGUCUCUUUGCGAGGAAGAUCUCUUCUAUGGCACAUGGCGACGGCGGUGCCAGUUUGUUGAAACAAACGCUGGCUUGUCUUACGAGCAGAACGGCAUGUGGGACAAGGCUCAGAAGCUCUACGAGGCCGCGCAGCUGAAGGCGCGCACUGGAGUCAUUCCCUUCUCCCAGGCUGAGUACAUGCUCUGGGAAGAUCAUUGGGUGUUGUGCGCCCAGAAGCUUCAACAGUGGGAGAUCCUCCAGGACUUCGCCAAGCAUGAAAAUUUCCAGGACUUGCUGUUGGAGUGCGCCUGGCGCAACACGGACAUGUGGCAAGACGCUCAACACCGGGAGGCUUUGGACAAUGUCAUCAAAGGCGUCAUGGAUGCCCCGACACCGCGAAGAGCCUUCUUCCAGGCGUUCAUGUCUCUGCUCAAGUUCCACAACCAGCAGGAGACCAUUACCGACUUUGCUCGCGUCUGUGAUGAGGCAAUUCAGCUUUCGAUCAGAAAAUGGCAUCAGUUGCCCGAACGGCUCACGAAGGCCCACAUCCCGGUGCUGCAAAACUUCCAGCAGCUUGUCGAACUGCACGACGCCAGCGUGAUUUGCCAGAGCUUGGCGAUCACAAACUCCUCCAACUUGGACGGCAAGUCGGGCGAACUCAAGCUGCUGCUUGGCGCGUGGCGGGAUAGGCUCCCUAAUGUCUGGGACGACAUCACUGCUUGGCAGGAUCUGGUGACCUGGCGACAGCACAUCUUCAGCCUGAUCAACCAAACUUAUCUGCAGCUGCUUCCGCAACAGAAUCAGUCGAAUGCAGGCAGCGCCAAUUCGUUUGCCUACCGCGGCUACCACGAGACCGCUUGGAUCAUCAACAGGUUCGCACACGUGGCUCGCAAGCACAACCUGCCAGAGGUGUGCAUCAGCCAGCUGAGUCGCAUCUACACUCUUCCGAACAUUGAAAUCCAGGAAGCGUUCCUCAAACUCCGCGAGCAGGCCAAGUGCCACUACGAGAACCCCGAUGAGCUGUCUAGCGGAUUGGACGUGAUCAACAAUACCAACUUGAAUUACUUCAAUGCGCAGCAGAAGGCGGAGUUCUACACCCUCAAGGGCAUGUUCCUCGAGAAGCUGAACCAAAAGGAAGAAGCCGACCACGCCUACGGCACCGCCUUAUACUUUGACAUUGGCGCGGCAAAGGCGUGGGCCGAAUGGGGCUACUUCAACGACCGCAAGUUCAAGGAGGAUCCUUCCGACUUGAACGCAGCCCGGCAGGCCUUGACCUCCUACCUGCAAGCCGCGGGCAGUUACAAGAAUGCCAAGUCUCGGAAGCUUCUGGCCCGAAUCCUUUGGCUCCUCAGCCUGGACGACUCCAAGGGCACUAUCGCCAUGGGUUUCGACGAUUUCAAGGGCGAGACGCCUACGUGGUACUGGAUCACUUUCAUACCGCAGCUGCUCACCGGCUUAGGUCACAAGGAGGCUCCUCGCGUCUACCAGAUCUUGCUGAGCAUUGCAAAGUCGUACCCACAAGCUUUGUACUUUCAGCUUCGCACGAAUCGCGAGGACAUGCACCUCAUCCGCAAGAACCAGGAAGCCAAGGAGCGGAACCGCCAGCGUGCGCAGUCCACGGCGUCGAACGGUAAGGCCAGUGCGUCGCCGUCGCAGGCCAAGCAAGAACCCCCCAAGACGGAGGGAGCCACUUCGCGGCCCGGAACUGCCAGCGGAGGGGACUCAGCACAGGUCAAGACCGAAAGCGGCGACGCCAACGCCGCGUCUUCGGCUACGCCUGCACCAGCAGCCGCGACUCCCGCCGGAACUGCGCAGGCACCCGGUCAGGGUCAAGGGCAGGGCCAGAAGAAGCCCCCGUGGGACCUCACCGAGGAGAUCAUGGCGGUGCUCAAGACGGCGUUCCCUCUGCUCGCGCUGUCGAUGGAGACCAUGGUGGACCAGAUCCAGAAGCACUUCAAGUGUCCCCCGGAUGAAGAUGCUUACCGCCUGAUUGUCGCGCUCCUCAACGAUGCGCUGACGUACGUCAGCCGCACGCCCGCGUCCUUCGCUAAAAGCGUCAAGCUGCCAUCCGCAACGGAGACCAACAUCACUCGUUUCGCCGAGACAAUUCUGCCAAACCACAUCAAGAAGUCGUUCGAGGCAGACUUUGUGGAAGUGAAGCCGACAAUGUACGAGUACAUCCACAAGCUCCGACGCUGGCGCACAAAGUUCGAGGAGAAGCUGGACCGCCGAGUCUGCCAGUCGCCUCUGGAGCAGUUCUCGCCCCAUCUCAGCGAAUUCCGGUACCAGAAGUUCGAUGACGUCGAGAUACCGGGCCAGUAUCUGCAGCACAAGGACAAGAACCAGGACUUCAUCCGGAUCGAGCGUUUCCUGCCCAACGUGGACCUGGUGCGGUCGUAUAGCGCGUCGUAUCGACGCCUGAAGAUGCGCGGCCACGACGGCAGCGUCCACCCCUGGGCGGUGCAGCAUCCGGCGGCCAGGCACUGCAGGCGUGAGGAGAGGAUUCUGCAGCUGUUCCGACACCUGAACCAGACGCUGAACAGGAAGAAGGAGAGCCGCCGACGCGACCUUCAUUUCACGCUGCCGCUCAUGGUUCCUCUUGCGCCGCACAUCCGGAUCGUCCAGGAAGAUACAUCGUACAUCUCUCUGCAAGCAGUGUACGAGGACCACUGCCGACACGCGGGCCUGCCCAAGGAUGACCCAGUCCUGUUCACGCUGGAGAAGUUGCGUGGCGUGCUGGAGACUAAGACUCAGCAGGGCAAGGUCGAACUGACGCCGACGGCGCGACUGGAAGUGUUCAACGCCGUUCAAGAGAAGUGGGUGCCGUCGACCAUCGCACUACAAUACUUCCAGGCCGUGUACCCGCAGUUUGCCGACUUCUGGCUGUUCCGACGGCAGUUCUCGUACCAGCUGUCGGCGCUGACGUUUAUGACGUACAUCCUAUACAUGCACAACCGUUACCCGUCCAAGCUCAACAUUGCACGCGGAUCGGGUAACAUUUGGGGCUCGGAGCUCAUGUCGUUUAUGAGCAACAACAAGCCCUUCUUCACGAAUCCCGAGCCGGUGCCAUUCCGACUCACGCCCAACUUGCAGGUGCUCAUGGGCCCGCUGGCGAUGGAGGGUAUCUUUGCAUGCUCGCUCAUGGCCAUUGCGCGGUGCCUGACGCAGCCUGAGCACGAGCUGGAGCACGCGCUGACGCUGUUCGUACGGGACGAGAUGAUCUUCUGGCUGACGAGCAGCCACCGGAACGGCAUUAGUGAGAGCCAGCUCCGCGAGACUGUCCAGGUGAACAGCGAUAGCAUCGUUAAGAGGGCGGCCAGCCUGGCACACAACCCGUCGGGCAACUUGCCGGCGAACCAGACGGUCAUUGACGCCAUUGCCAAGGCCGUCAACCCCAUGCACCUGGCGCAGUGCGACGCGCUGUGGAUGCCGUACCUCUGA